AUGCAGCAAACCAGUCUACUGGCUCAUCGACAUGCUGAUCUCAUAACACAUUUAACGUACGAUUUCUACGGCGAGCGAUUAGCUACUUGUUCCGCAGAUCAAAAGAUCAAACUCUUUCAUCGUUCAUCCGAAGGAACCUGGGACCUGGAGACUGAAUGGAAGGCUCAUGACGCCCCCAUCAUCAAACUUUCCUUCGCUCAUCCUUCUCACGGUAGUCUACUCGCUUCUUGCUCCCAUGAUCGGACUAUAAGAAUAUGGGAAGAACCUUCUCCCAGUCAAGUCGCACAGGCAAAAGAUGGAAGAUGGGUCGAACGGGGUGUAUUGACGGAUGCUAAGGGAAGUGUGAAAGCUGUAGAGUUUGGUCCCAGUAGUCCAAACUAUGGUCUUCGUCUGGCAUCAAUAGCUACAGAUUCGUAUCUUCGUAUUCACUCUUCUCUUGAUCCUUCACUAAACGAUUGGUCAUUAUCACAUGACAUUCAUAUUCCUUCCCUUCUCCCAAGCUCACCGGAAGAGUCACAAGCCGAUGGAGCAAGCACGAACGAGUUGGCUUUUGGUGGUUGGGGCUUGAGUUGGUGUAAAGAGAGGUGGUGGGGAAAUAUCAUUGCCGUGUUCGCAGGAACGAGUCCUGUUGUCAAAAUCAUCAUCCUCGACCCCACACCCACUUGCGUGCUACGUAUUACCCCACCAUCCACUUCAUCCCUCACUAGUCUCUCCUGGGCCCCGAGCUGCGGGAGAAGCUAUCAUCUGCUAGCUACUGGAGCCAGGGAUGGGACGGUGAGAAUAUGGCGUGUGGAUCCUCCUGAGAGUGACGGUGAGCCGAACGGGAGGAAAGAUGAGUGGAAGUGUGAAUGUGUGGGAGAGUUUGGUAGAGGAGGGGCUAGAGUCGGCAUGGUGGAUUGGAAUCUGGCCGGUACGAUGCUGACCACGUCCGACGACGAUGGUGUCAUUCGGAUAUUCAAACCUACAUAUGCGAAAACAUGGAAGCUGUUAGGGAAAUUGACAGCGGAAGAACCAGAAGAGACAUGAAUUGUAGCAUGUAGCUGCUAUAUAGCAGGAAGGAAUAUGCAUCUUUGUCGGUUGU